UACCUUCAUUGCAUGGACUUCGUUACAACAACAACACACCCACUGUUUCACUUCCCGUUCGUGACUAAUCUGCUCCAGUGUUCAAUUACAAUUAGUGCUGCAAAUUUAUUGCGUUUCUUUUCCUGCAUGCAAAUUCCACGUUCCGAACCCACCAUGUCCGAUUAGAGGAAAACUACGACCAUCGGGGGGAGAUGUCGCGUCACCGCCGCAGCGUCAGUGACGUGUUCAACAUCGAUGUGACGGGAUCGGAAGCGCAGCUAUGUGGGGGCGGAGCCCUGGAACAGCCCAUUUUCACCGAGGCGAACAAGUGUUCGCCGUCGUCUUCGUCCAGUGACUUCCAGUGUACGAGUGACAGCAACUUUCUGCUGCGGGAGGACGCGGCCUUCCGCCGUCGGAGGGAGCUGUACUACGCGGCCGAUGAUGACAGAGGUAAACAAAAUCAGAGCGUCGCGCAGGAUGACGAUGAUGACGAUGACGAUGAGAAGGAAGGGGAAGAGGAGGACGGAAUACGGAAGCUGGAGGAGGACGAUGGGGACGAGCAGGCGAGUCAGUUUGAGACAAGUGGUGCGACAAGCGACUGCAGUAAGACGGCGAGCCGAGUGGCGGUCGAUAGCUUUCGACGAUGGUCGGCCAACUUUGGCAAGAGUAUUAAGAAUAACAAACGCACCAUGUACAACAAGACGAUCCGAUUCAUGCCAUCGCGGUUGCAGAAGACCCUCUCCAUCGAUGGCGACCUCAUCACCUCCACCGCAACCGAUGUGGAGCAAAUCACCCAGGAGCUGGAGCAACGGGAACAGCUCAUGGAGGACAACCCCCUGUCGGAGCAGCUUCGCAUCGAAGCCAUCAAGUCGAUGGCCCAGACCCUGUCGAUCAAGCGCCAGAUCCGCGCCAAUCUGGCCCGCACCGUUACGCGCCGUUCGGUGAGCCGCUCGAAGCCGAUCAGCUUCCUGCGCAAGUGCCGCUACAGUGGCAAAAUGUAUGCCAGCCAGUGCGCCAAACUGGUCAAAACGUCGCUGACGAACUUUGAGCUGUUCUACGGCAGCAUGAAGGAGGUGGAGGGUCACUUCGGGAACCGGAUCAGCGCGUACUUCAAGUUUCUUCGGUGGUUGCUGGUGCUGAACCUUGUCAUGGUGAUCUUCGUGUUUUGGUUCGUGAGCUUCCCGCAGAUAUUGUACACAGGGAUGGAACAAAGGCACGCUCUUACCGAAGCACACGAUGAGAUGGUCAUGACCAGCAAGCCCAUGCGCAACGCUCGCAAGGAGCUUAGUUUUACCGAUCUCUUCACUGGAGAGGGAUACUUCACCGAAUCGAUACUGUUCUACGGAUUCUACAGCAAUGUAUCGUUCACAAUGCUUCCGGGAUCCUCGGAGUACAGCCUGCCACAUGCUUACUUCCUCACGGUGAACAUCAUGUACCUGGCGACAUUUGUUAUUGUAUCCCUCAGUAUGGCUCGGUCCUAUCGGAUCAGUUUCAUCGAAACCAGUGGCGCCGUUCACAACGUCCUGACGCACAAGAUAUUUUGCUCGUGGGAUUUCGGGAUUGCGAACGAGAAAGCAGCACACCUGAAGCAUUCCAGCAUCUAUCACGAACUACAAGAGUACCUGUCGAUGAUCAACCGACCGGAUGUUCCCGUUGGAAGGUGGAACCGACUACGCAGUACCGCUCUCCAUUUGAUGGCACACGUGGUCGUGCUAGCCAUGAUCGGAUCGAUAACGUGUGGAACUUGGAUACUCUUGCAGGAGUUUGGACAAACGGAGCACUUUACAACUUGGUCUGCGUUGUAUGUUUCUAUUACGACAAACGUUACAAUGCUUGUCUUCCAGUAUGUCUUCAGAUUCAUUUCGAGAAUGGAAAACUACCGACGACCAUCAACCGCUCUCAACAUCAACCUGAUGCGCAACUUCUUCCUCCAGCUCUGCAUCGUUGGAGUUCUUAUGUUCUAUUGGCUAAACAAAUCCUACGACCAGUGUUGGGAAACAUCGGUCGGUCAGGAGAUCUACCGACUGAUUGUGAUUGACUUUGUUGUGUCGGUCAUAUUUCUUGCCAUACUCCAAGCCUCUCGCUACGCCAUGAACCGAUUCUACAGCCGCUCAAUCUCCUUGCCAGAAUUCUGCAUUACCAACAACAGUCUCGGACUGGUCUACAACCAAACUCUGCUGUGGUUCGGCCUCCUCUUUUCACCCCUACUCUGCGCCGUCGUCGCCGCCAAACUUUUCCUCACAUUCUACAUCAAAAAGCUAAGUCUCAUUCAUAUGUGCAAACCUCAAAGCAAACUCUGGCGAUCCAGCCAGACGCAAACGUUGUUCCUGGUUCUGGUGUUUGUGUCUCUGUUUGGAGUCAUCAUCACCCACGGCUACAUAAUCACCCAAAUUCCCAUCAGUGAGGAAUGUGGUCCCUUCCGCGGGAACACCUACAUGUACCAACUGUUCCUGGAGGGAAUUCUCAAACUUCAAGAGGAGCACAUCUUCUGGAAGAUAUUUUCCUACAUCACCAAACCGGCUAUCAUCGGUGGGCUGCUCCUGACGAUGGGAGGCGUCACGUACUACCUUCGGGCCAAAUCCAAGGCGCAAAUCGCGAAGGUCAAACUGCUCAAAGAAAUGCUCUGCAUGGAAGCGAAGGACAAAGAAUUCCUGCUGGCCAACAUCAGCAAAAUCACACGCGGAAAGGAGUGGAACUUUGAUCGGGACCUGUUGAACGGUAGGAAGAGCAGCAUGGCUGACAGGUUCUACAGUGACCCGAGCGCAACCUGGCGGUACGCGGACAGUCCGCGGAAAAUCAGCGGAAACUCGGUACUGAGGGACGACGACGAUAGUCCAACUGGAUCCGGUUAUCAACGAAUCGAUGAGUGCAACGAGGAACGAGUACGAAUGAGACGCUUCUGAAGCGCACGCUUGGAAUGGAAUUUUCUAAUACGUAUUAUGUAUCAAUUAAUAUUGUCAUCGAAUAAUGCUCGGAACUGAGUUAUGCAUGGAUUUAUUUAUUGACGUAGACCAUUAUUAUCGAAUAAUUUAUAUCUUGACAAUAAACUUUUAUUUUUCCAAUUGGAA